UGCGAGAGGAUUAAAAACACGUUUAAGUGGGCGGAGCUAGUGUCCACAACAUGGAUAGUCCGCCCAAUGACGUCAUAGUGCGCGCAUAAAACAGGGCGGCUGUGGGUGGCGCUGCUUUGAAGAACACCUCCCGCCUGCGAGGAUGUUCGGAAGACACUAAACGCGCGGUACAUUUUUUGUAUUUUUUUUUAGAACACCAGCAGUGGACUUGAGGCACCACGGGAGGAUUUUGGACACCCGACCAACCCGCGCUGGUGUUUUGUGCCACUUCUUCAUGACAAGCCGGCGCCUCGCAGGUCGCUGACAGGCAGCGCAACAAUCCCUCCCCGCUUCUUUGCGCGCCAGGACGAGGAGCGCGGCAGGAGACAACAUUACGCGAGGAGACUCAACAUGUCGGACGGUCCCAGGCAGCGAGGUGCAUCUGCCAAGGAUGCCAGCGAGCAAGAGUCUGCCGAAGGAGGAGGAGGCGGAGGAGGUGGAGUUGCACUGAAGAAGGAAAUAGGACUGGUGAGCGCCUGUGGUAUCAUUGUUGGUAAUAUUAUUGGCUCGGGGAUUUUCGUCAGUCCAAAGGGAGUGAUGGAGAACGCCAGCUCAGUGGGCGUGGCCCUGUUAGUGUGGAUCAUCACAGGCGUCAUCACCGCCAUCGGGGCACUGUGCUACGCUGAGCUGGGUGUCACCAUCCCCAAGUCGGGGGGGGACUACUCAUAUGUGAAGGACAUCUUUGGAGGCUUGGCCGGGUUCUUGCGUCUGUGGAUCGCCGUGCUGGUCAUCUACCCGACCAACCAGGCUGUGAUCGCGCUCACCUUCUCCAACUACGUUCUGCAGCCCCUUUUCCCCACGUGCUUCCCACCGGAGAUCGGCCUGCGCCUGUUGGCCGCCCUCUGCCUCCUGCUGUUGACAUGGGUGAACUGCUCCAGUGUACGGUGGGCGACGAGAGUCCAGGACAUAUUCACAGCGGGCAAGCUGCUGGCCCUGGCACUUAUCAUCAUCAUGGGCAUUGUGCAGAUCUGCAAGGGAGAAUACUACUGGCUGGAGCCAGCGAAUGCCUUCGAGCCCUUCCAGGACUACGACGUGGGAUUGAUCGCCUUAGCCUUCCUGCAAGGCUCCUUCGCCUACGGGGGUUGGAACUUCCUCAACUAUGUCACAGAGGAGUUGGUGGACCCCUAUGUAAACCUCCCUCGUGCCAUCUUCAUCUCCAUCCCGCUCGUGACCUUCGUGUACGUCUUCGCCAACAUCGCCUACGUCACGGCCAUGAGUCCGCAGGAGCUGCUGGCCUCCAAAGCCGUCGCCGUGACGUUCGGCGAGAAGCUCCUGGGGGUGAUGGCGUGGAUCAUGCCCAUCUCUGUCGCUCUGUCAACCUUCGGGGGAGUCAACGGCUCGCUCUUCACGUCGUCACGGUUGUUCUUUGCCGGGGCCAGAGAGGGACACCUGCCCAGUCUUCUAGCCAUGAUCCAUGUGAAACGUUGCACUCCUAUUCCCGCUUUGCUCUUCACAUGCUUGUCCACACUGCUCAUGCUGUGCACCAGUGACAUGUACACCCUCAUCAACUACGUCGGCUUCAUCAACUACCUCUUCUACGGCGUCACUGUUGCCGGGCAGAUUGUCCUGCGUAUCAAACAGCCUAACAUGCAUAGGCCAAUCAAGAUCAACCUGAUUUGGCCGAUAAUUUACCUCCUCUUCUGGGCCUUCCUGCUCAUCUUCUCGCUGUACUCCGAGCCCGUGGUGUGUGGUAUCGGCCUGGCCAUCAUGCUCUCCGGCGUCCCUGUCUAUUUCCUGGGAGUAUACUGGGACAACAAGCCCAAGUGCUUUGAUGCUUUUGUUGACAAGCUGACAUACUUGGGUCAGAAGUUCUGCGUGGUGGUCUAUCCAGCUCAAGACAGCAGCGGCACAGACGAGGGAGAGGAAAUGAAGGAUGCCAUGUCUCCUCUGUCCAAGGAGGACGAAGACCACCACAAGUCAGCGGACUGUUAAAUGGCACGUGUGUAAGCUCCAUCCGCUCCCGGCCUGCACGCAGAGUGCAUCAAGCGCCACACUCGGAGGUGGAUUUACUGAUCAACACCAGUGCCCCCGCCACCUUUCCCCUUACUGCGUUCGUAAUAUAUCUGUGCCAAAUAGGCUGUGACAUCUCUAAAAGCAAUAUCGCCCCUCACGCCUUCAUCUGGGGGCUCUUCAAGUGUGCAAUAAAGACAGGUUAGCUAAUCAUCAUCAUCAUCAUCUUCCUCCCCGCCACACACUCCCUUACACACUCCUCCUGAAAGAGCAUCAUCCUUCUUUUUUAAUUAUUGCUGUGACGAUGUCUUAUUUUUUUCUACUUUUUUUUUUUUUUAAUCAUGUAAAUGUUGCUUUUUCAGACAUUCAGAACACCAAAGUUGUGUUGAAUUGUCCAAAACAAUGUUGUGAAAUAUGUGAAUUCUAGAAUUUGAUUCCAGAAUGAAUGUCUUAAUUUUUUUUUUUUUUAUUGUGGUAAUUGUUUAUAGAUUUGUUUGUGUGUGAUACUUCAGAGCAUCAUUUCAUUUUCAUCUGCUUUUUUUUUUUUUUAAACUCACAGUUGAUGUGUGAUCUGUACUAUGUAUUGUUCAAUGUGCACAGUUCUUGUUAUUUGCCUUAAAUUAGAAUAUACUGUAUGUCGUGGCAUUUAUAGCCAUGUUAUGACUAAUGUGAAGAGAUGUUUUGUCCUCGGGUUUUUAUGAAAACAGUAAGCAAACAAGUGUCAUUUUGUUUUGCGUAUAUUUGUAGUUUCCCCAGAGGACACAUAGUCUAAACCAGGGAACUCCAAAAUUCGGCUCGGGGCCAUUUGCAGGCACCGGUACAUUCUUUUUUUCAUUUGUUUAUUGACUUUUAAGGCGUACACAUUUUUAGUAGUCUGAUCACAUAUCAAAUGUUUUUUUUCUUUUUGUAAACAAGACAUAAAAACAACAAAGGCAUGGCGACAUAAUUAAACACAUUGAAGCAAGAAAACCAACAGCCAAAAUUAGAAAAGCUGAAAUGACGAUAGAAGUUAUACUACUAAUAGUGUACCCCCGCCUUCCGCCCUGGUGCAGCUGGGAUAGGCUCCAUCACCCCUGCGACCCCGCGAGGGACAAGCGGUAUAAACCAAAUAAAAAAUGGCCACCGCAUCCUUUGAUUCUUCAAUAUGUGGCCCUCUGUAAAAAAAAAAAAAAAAGAAUCCCAGCACCGACACCACAAAACUAUUUUUUAUAGCCAACCAUCUAUAGCUGUUUUAUUUUAGGACAAAAAAAAUACAUGUUUUCGUUCAUGUAAUUUACUAUAGGUUAGUCCUCGCUCAAGCUAAUGUGUGAUUAUUGUUGUGCGAUUAUUGUUGUGUGUCUGUCAACAAACUGUAACACUCUUGUGUUUUAAAGUCUUCAAAAAUUGUCCUGUUUCUCAGGGCAAACUACAAGCUUAAAUAUGCUGCCUAAAUACUUAAGAGAAACCGUUAACAUCUUUACUGGUGCUACUUAUUUUUUUCACUGCCUUUUUCCUCCUCCCACGGAAGAUGCUGAAUUCAAAAAUGAGUAUUGUGGAAAUGAAAGUGGGCCAGUUAAAUGGGUUAUACUUGUGUAGCGCUUUCCUACCUUCAAGGUACUCAAAGCGCUAUGACACUAUUUCAGGUAUAAUCCAUUCACCCAAUCACACACACUGAUGGCGGGAGCUGCUAUGCAAGGCCCUAAGGACACAACAGAAGCCGGGGAUCGAACCAGAAACCCUCAAGUUGCUGGGGGAAUUCCCAUUUACAGUUACAAUGCUGUGAUACGUGCCUGUUAUGUUGUGUACGCAGUAUGUCUCGUUGCAAAUAAAAACACUGAC